AAACCAUCUCCUAAAACACAUAUUCUCUCUUUCAAUAAUUGUCUAACUACAAACAAUUCAAGUAGUUUCCGACAAGCAUGGGUUUAAUCUCUGGUAAAGCGUGUGUGUUUGUUAUGGUAUUUGCUUUGGUCACAGAUUUUACUGUGGGAGAAACAGAGUUUGGGGAUGAGAAGCCCUUGUUUCCUCACCCUCGUCCGUUGCUCCACAAAGGUGGCAUCCACAAGAAGGGCUUUAAGAAAGAUUUCGGCGGUUUUGGCGGUGGUGGUAUAAGUGGUGGAGGUGGCUUUGGAGCAGGAGGUGGUAGCGGUUGGAUUGGAGGCGGAAUUGGUGGCUUUAGUGGACAGAUAGGCGGUGGAUUUGGUAAGGGUGGCGGAGCUGGAGCGGGAGGAGGAGGCUUUGGCGGUGGUGGAGGAUUUGGUGGUGGUACCGGUGGAGCUGGAGAAGUUGGUGGUGGUAACGGUGGAGGAAAAGGAGCUGGAGUUGGCGGCAGUGGUAUUGGUGGUAGUGAUGGUGUGGGAGCUGGCGGUGGUACCGGUGGAGGAACUGGAGCAGGAGUUGGCGGCAGUGGUGUUGGUGGUGUGGGACCUGGCAGUGGUGCUGGUGCCUUGGGAGGAGCCGGCGGUGGAACUGGUGGAGGAAUAGGCGGAGGCGCCAGUGGAGGUCACUGAGUUGUUAUGUGCAAUGACGAGGAGCUAUAAAUCUCAUGCAAAUAUAUAUGUUUUCAUUUAUGAAGAACUAAUAUACUAAACGUUAAAUAUGAUGGAAUAAAUUAUAUGUACGUCGUUUCUCUUUAAUUUUCCUUUUUCAAAUGAUUGUAUCUUGCUAAUUCGAGUAAGUUAGCUGAAUAAUAACAUGCGUUCACAGGUUUUAA